UUAGCUCCAACUUUUUGUCUUUUGAGAAUGUCAGUCGCCCAGCAGCCUUCGUAAGAUCAUCAUCGCCAUGUCUGUCAAAAUAUUUAGCACUAUCCUAUUGAUUCUGCUUAUAAACCGGGCAAUUUCGGCAGAAACAAUUGGUCUUCAUGUGCCGAACCUUAACGAUAAUGGUGUUCUGUUAGUGCCUUUUGAUAAUAAAUAUUACCUCAGGAUCGAUGUAGAUGGAACGGGACGCGAGGAGACUGUUGAAGAGAUUUCUCCGGGGCAGCUUCUGGUCAGAGGUAGCUUUGGGCAGCCCUUUCCGGAUUCCAAGUACCUGUUAGUCACCUAUGAGGCCGGAACCAAUGGCUAUGUGGCCAAGUAUAGCUACUCCGAGCAAAAGAACCAAGUUCAACACCUUCCUCCGGCUGCCCUGAAAACUAUAGCGGGUUAAAAUCAGAAAAGUUAUAUAAUACUGAAUGUUAAAGUGUUGAGUGAUUGAAACAAUUUGCAAAACAAGAAUAAACCUUGACUUGGAUGGAAUUUA